UCCAGACAGGCGUCCCGCUGUGCGGUGUAGCCACGGGCUUAGAAAAAAAAGUUUACAACAUCACGGGAAUAGACAGAAUAAUAAAAAAUCUACAUCGAAUUAAAAUUUCUAUCACGAGUUCAAUGCAUGCAGUGUUGUGGCGCGGUGGUGUCGUCUAGCUAAAGUGGGUGAACACAUGUCUACUGGCCGCAAGUGCGUGCAGUCGGUUGGUUGGUGUGAAAAUUGAAGUGCUUCUCGCAGCGAAAUCGAAAGAAUCUAGCCGCUUCGCAGCACCAGUACCAGCAGAGCAUAUUCUUGUAACUCGUUUGCCACCCGAUGCUGCACCGCCUAUCGUAGUGGUUUGCCGUAUCAUCGCCGUCAUCGUCAAUACGCACUAUCGCGCUGUGUCGGGGGGGGGGAGGCCCGGAAGAAUGCUCUUGUGCGUACGACGAUGGCCAUCGGGCGGAGCUUGUUUUUGUGAGCCAUACCAGCUUCCCCGCUGCCGCUGCUGCUGCAGUUGAGUGAAAAGAGUGAGCAAUCUGUUACGACUAGUGUGCACCACCCACCCGACUCGGUGCUCUCUUUCCUCGUGUUGCCCACAUUCCCGCCCAUGUCCAGGUGCCCCAGAGCAGGCAGCGUGCGGGUUGGGGCGUGAAGUGAAGCGAAGGGGGCUGAGAUCAUCCGCACGGAGCCUACUGGGAAAGAAGGGCCAGAAUCCUGGCUGGCUGGCUGGCUGGCUAGCUAGGUGUGUGUUGCCAAAGGGUGGCGCCGUGCAUGUUGUUGGUGAAAAGUGUGAAAGCUAGUGCGUGUGUGUGUGUGUGUGUGCGUGUGCGUGUCUAUAUCCCCGGGAGUGGUGCAGCAGCACCCCAGCAGAGGAGAGCGUGCGGCGUGUAGGUGCGUGCGUGUGUGAGCCUGUGGUUGGCGCAGCGGAGAAGCGUGGGAGAAAAAUAAACAAAAAUGAUGGCCAAUCUGACAGAUGGUGAGCAAAGUUUUUGCAGCUCAGUGACAGUUCAGCAGCAGCAGCAGCAACAGCAUCAAAUAUCAAGUGGCGUGGGUGGAGGAGGAGGAGGAGGGGGUGUUGGGAAUGUGUCGCAUGCCGGCAACGCCUCGCACGUAGGCGUCACCGGCGCGGAGGAUGGCGAGAGCGGACUGGGCAGCACGGUUACCGUCGGGACGGCAUCGUCGUCGGCGAUGAUGGGAUCGAUGACGCCGACGCCGACCGCAUCGACGACGACGCUGACGGCGGCGCCGACCGCCGGUACGUGGUCGGAAUUUUGCGAGCGUCACGCACGGGCGGCCUCGGCGGACUUUGCCCGGGCGUGCGUAAAUUACGUCACCAACAAUCUGCCGGAAGUGGCCCGCCACACGAUCUCCCAUCGGGAUUUUAUGCGGCGCUUCGUGCAGUGCUUCGAGUCUCGCUUCGAGGACGAGUUUCAGCGCCGCCGAGCGCAACCUAAGACUGGAAACGGGUCCGCAACGGUACCGGAGGAAAGCGACUACUCCGAGGAUACAGAUUCGCCAAAAACCAACCACAAACCGUUCUUCCGCCGACUAUCGUUCAAAGGGCUCCGCAAGGGCAAGGUGAUUCAUGCAUUUUUCCACAAGCAACACUCCGACGAGGUGGAACUGUCGGAACGGCGGGCGAGCAAAACCAAGCUCGCCAAGAUCGUGGUCGAAUGCCGGAAGGAGGGCACCGUCAACUACCUGUCACCGGAAAACCUCGACCAGCCCGGUUCGCAGAAGUGGGAAAAGUGUAAGCUGGUGCUGGUGAAAACGGUUUCGGGGUACAUGCUGGAAUUUUACUCACCACCAAAGUCACAAAAGCCCCGGAGCGGUGUGUUUUGCUUUCUCAUAACGGAGGCCCGCGAAACGACGGCGCUCGAGAUGCCGGAUCACGAGAACACGUUCGUGCUGAAGGCCGGCAACAACCUGGAGUACGUCAUAGAGGCCCGCGACACGGACGACAUGCGCAGCUGGCUGGCCACGAUACGCUACUGCAUGCGUAGCACGCAACCAAACUCGGAACCGUCGGAUGCGGCGGCUGGCUCGGAUUUGAUCGCCACACUCAGUACCUCAAUGUCGCACGGCGGCGGCGGCGGUGGUGGUGGUGGAACCGGACUGACAUCGAACCUGGCCGCGGACGUCAACAACCUCAGCCUGAAUCAAUCGCUCACGGCCCAGAGCGGGAACGUCGGUACGGCGGCAGGUGGCGGAACGGUACCCGGUACCACCGCCACCACCACCACCACCGGCCAGACAGCGAACGCGAACAACUCCUCCCUUACGGCUGCCAGCGCACCGGAGCUGCCUCCCCGCCGGCCGGACGACCGGAUAUCGUCGUCGAGCAACUUCGAGCUGACCGAGAACGAUCUGGACGUGUCGCACGAGCACGACACCGACCUGACCGCGAUGAUGCACGAGUACCCGUGGUUCCACGGCACGUUGCCCCGGUUCGAUGCCGCCCAGCUGGUGCUGCGCGAGGGCACCUCUAGUCACGGCGUGUUCCUAGUGCGGCAGAGCGAAACGCGCAAGGGCGAGUUUGUGCUCACGUUCAACUUCCAGGGCAAGGCGAAGCAUCUGCGCAUGACGCUGAACGAUCUGGGCCAGUGCCGGGUGCAGCACCUCUGGUUUCCCUCGAUCACCGAGAUGCUCGAGCACUUCCGGCAGCACCCGAUACCGCUGGAAUCGGGCGGCACUGCCGAUGUGACGCUCACCGGGUACGUGCUGACCCCGCUGCACCAGGAAAUGCUCACGCAACAGGCCGCGCAGCAGCAGCAACAGCAGCAGCAACAGCAACAGCAGCAAUCGGUAAUUGGCCUGCAGGGCGGUCCGCAGACGGCUGCCAGCAACAACUACUCGACCACGCUGAUCGGCAGUAGUAACAGUAGCAGUAAUAAUAACGCCACCGGCGGUGCUGCUUCCUCCAACGUUUCCUCCUCCAAUGCGUCCAGCGGGAUGGCCGGGGCGACAGGGGCCACCGGCGGCGGUAGCACGGCGGCCAGCAAUCCUCAAACCAGCCCAAGACAUCUGCCAACGCAAGCGAUCACGCUGAACGGAAGCGUGCGGAUCAAGACGUGCGAUCUGGAGCUGUCGCUGCAAACGGUUCCGGUCGAGCAGAUGAGCUCACAUCUGCACCAUUCCCAUCAGCAGAUGCAACAUCAACAACAGCAGCAGCAGCAGCAGCAACAGCAUAUUCACGUUCAUGCGCCACAGCAGCAGCAGCUACAGCAACAGCCAGGAACGAGCGGAUUGAACCAAGGGUUGGCCGCCGGUUCGCAGCCAGCAGGUGGCGGCACUAGCGAGGACGGUCAACGGGCCGUGGAUAAUCAGUACAGCUACGUUUGAACGUGAAUUUGUCCACGUUUGUUUUUAGGCUGCAGUCGAAACUCUACCAGAUGAUGUAUGGUUUUAUGAUUUCUUAGCUCUUUAGUUUCAUCUCGCCAUUAUAAAGCACCUUGCGUAGUUGCAGUGGUUUUUGUUGGUUUCAUUAUUUGCUAAAUUUACACUAACAGCCAACAACAAUUUCCUCUUACUGUAGUGUUUCUACUCAUUUGGUUUAGCUUAACUGCAGCCUAAAAACGCUCGUGGCACAAGAGCGGGAUCGAUCAAACCGAGCAAACUGGCGAUCGCCAUCGUUGGGAAAUGAAUAAAGCGCAAAGACAUUGACGCUA